AUGAGGGCUGUCUUUAUUUUUGUUGCUACGGCGCUUGGUAUAAAGCUCGCAGCUGGUCAUGCCUCCCUGCGUGCUAAUGUCCAUGCUCGCGAUGUGUGCAUCGACUGCCACACGGAUGCAUUUCCCCCCGGCCCUCCAAGCGGUGGCGGUCGGGGUGGAAGUCAGAUCAGGUGGACCGAUCAAUGCACCGAGUUGGCCGCUGUGAGUGCAAUGCCAUUUCAGUGUGCAAAACUCAAUGUGCCCCUCGACUACACUCGACUGGAUUCUGAAAACUUGACUCUGACACUGGUCAGGGUUGACGCUGUCAAGAAGCCUGCGAGAGGUAGUAUCAUUUUCAAUCCGGGCGGUCCAGGAGGAAGCGGUGUUCAAACUGUGAUUGCAAACGCGAAAUCGUGGCUAAUUCUGACUGGUGGCCACUACAACCUGCUCGGGGAAUUGAUGCUGACAAUAAGCAGAGGCGUCAACAAUACGUUGCCUUUCUCGUGUGAUAUUCCCGGCGAUACGUGCAAGACUAUGAGCCCAGCAUGCCCGCUGGCCAAUGCAUCCGACGUGGCAAUUGGGCAAAGGUUUGCGGCUUCAGGCGUCAGAUCUUUGCGUUGCCUCGACAGGACUCAGGAUACCGGAAGUCUUCUUGGGACGGCCUUCGUUGCGCGCGACAUGGUCCGGAUCAUUGAUGCUCUCAAUGAAGAUGGCUUGCUUCGCUACUAUGGGUUCUCGUGGGGAACUAUACUAGGCGCUACUUUCGCCGCAAUGUUCCCUGAUAGGGUAGAUAAGAUGGUUCUGGAUGGCAACGUCAAUGUGCACGAGUACUAUUCAGGCUGGGAGGUCCAAAGCCCAAUCAACAUGGACGACACAUAUGAUGCAAUUUUCUCAGGAUGCGUGGUGGCCCCGACCGUCUGCCCCCUUGCUGAACUAUACUCGAAAACCAAGCAGAUUCAAUCAGUUGUUGACGACUUCCUUGCAAUGCUCAAGUACAAUCCGAUUCCAUAUAUCUCUGGCGGAGGCAUUCAGAUCGCGACGUACAGCAAAGUCAAGACAGCCAUCGUGUUGGCACUAUACAGUCCUUCCAACUGGCCUCGACUGACGCAAGGGUUCAUAGAGAUGCUCUCUGGGAACGUGACUGGUUUCUUCGACAUCGCUUCCUCCUGGUACGCUGGUCCGGAGGAUGGAGACGACGACAUCAGCGCGGCAAUAACCUGCGGCGAGCAGGCCUUUCGUGCGGAGAGCGUUCAAGGCCUCAAACCGCUCCUGGGCGCGAUGUCCGCUUCGAGCAAGUUUGGUGGCUUGGACUUCGGUACCGAUAAUGCAUUUGCAUGCUCAACCUGGAAGCAGAAGGCGAAGGAGAUCUACUCUGGUAACUUUCGAGUCAAGCCUCGGUCUCCGAUCUUGUUCGUCGGAAACACAUACGAUCCCGUGACACCGCUGGCAUCGGCUCUGAACACCAGCGCGGGAUUUGGAGGAAGCGUUGUGCUCCAACACAACGGAUAUGGGCAUUGUUCGAUUGCACAGCCUUCUUCUUGCACCGCGAAGGCGAUCCGUGCAUAUUUUGACGAAGGCAUUCUCCCUCCUGCUGGAGCUGUCUGCCAGCCAAAUGCUCCGUUAUAUCCCGGCGACAGCCGCGUAGGUGAUUGGACCAACCUGAGUGAUCGGACUGUGCCAGAGGCAAUUCGGCAGGACUCGGAAGACGAGUUGGCUCUUCUGGGAGCUGUGUCAGAGAUCGCAGGUACAAUCUUGCCAUGGCUUCGAAAAUACCACUUCAGAUCUCUUUGA